UUGAGGCCACAGCCAGAGAAAUAGCUCAGCUAGUUGCAUAACCCUUCUAUUUGCCCAGAGCUUUUGUCCAGAAACUCUCUGUCCUGAGAGGUGAUUAAAGAAGGCAUCCAGCAAGAACUACACAAGAAACGGAGUCAGCUGGAGAAGGAGGAGUGGUCUUCCACAGCCUCACCGGAGAAUGGAGGCCCACAACGUGUCUGCCACAUUCAACUUCACCCUGCCACCCGACUUUGGCAAGCGCCCCACAGAUCUGGCACUGAGCAUCAUCCUGGUGUUCAUGUUGUUCUUCAUCAUGCUCUCACUUGGCUGCACUAUGGAGUUCAGCAAGAUCAAGGCUCACUUCUGGAAGCCGAAAGGGCUAGCCAUCGCCCUGGUGGCACAGUAUGGCAUCAUGCCCCUCACAGCCUUUGUGCUAGGCAAGGUCUUCCGGCUGAACAAAAUUGAGGCGCUGGCCAUCCUCGUCUGUGGCUGCUCACCUGGAGGGACCCUGUCCAAUGUCUUCAGUCUGGCCAUGAAGGGGGACAUGAACCUCAGCAUUGUGAUGACCACCUGCUCCACCUUCUGUGCCCUUGGCAUGAUGCCUCUCCUCCUGUACAUCUACUCCAGGGGGAUCUAUGAAGGGGACCUGAAGGACAAGGUGCCCUAUAAAGGCAUCAUGAGAUCGCUGAUCCUGGUUCUCAUUCCUUGCACCAUAGGGAUCAUCCUCAAAUCCAAACGGCCACAAUAUGUACGAUAUGUUGUCAAGGGAGGGAUGAUCAUCAUUCUCUUGUGCAGUGUGGCCGUCAUAGUCCUCUCUGCCAUCAACGUGGGCAAGAGCAUCUUGCUUGCCAUGACACCACUCUUGGUGACCACCUCCUCCUUGAUGCCUUUUAUUGGUUUUCUGCUGGGUUAUGUUCUCUGUGCUCUCUUCUGCCUCAAUGGACGGUGCAGGCGUACUGUUAGCAUGGAGACCGGAUGUCAAAAUGUCCAACUCUGUUCCACCAUCCUCAAUGUGGCCUUUCCCCCUGAAGUCAUUGGCCCACUUUUCUUCUUUCCCCUUCUCUACAUGAUUUUCCAGCUCGGAGAAGGGCUUCUCCUUAUUGCCAUGUUUAGGUGCUAUGAGAAAUUCAAGACUCCCAAGGAUAAAAUGAAAAUUAUCUACACAGCUGCCACAACUGAAGAAACAACUCCAGGAGCUGUGGGAAAUGGCAUCUACAAAGGGAAGGAGUGCUCCCUUGCAGAGCCCAGCCCCUCCCAUGGCGGCCUGGAUUCUGGUCCCAAAGCAAAUUCCGAAAGCCAGUCUGGUAAACUAGAGAGAGCAGCAAAAACACCAGUCUUGCCUGAGUCUCUCCAGCAUUUCUAGUACGUCUAUCGCAAUCAUCAAGCCUUGGCCCGGGAACAUAGGGUGUCUACCCAAGAAGCCUCACCUAUCCCCAACUUAGAAUUUGCUACUUAGACUUGUUCAGUGACUGUAAACUCUAUGAAACCAGAAACCAAAUCUGCCUCUUGCCAGGAUCUCUGUAACAGUGCCUGAUAAGUAUCUUAAGUCACUAAAUUUCUGAACUAACCAAUGUAUGUGUUUUAUCCAUUACUCAAAUACCCAAAUCCCAUUUCAAGUUUUGUGACCCAAAAGAGAAAUAAAUGCUCAAAAAUACUGUAAAAGUAGACGUCAGAAGUUCUAAUCUAAAAAAUUCAGAUCCCAUUUCUUCCCUUUUGACAUGAUUGGGGUGAUGCUCCUGAAAGCUCAAAUUUGACACCAAAUAUGCAAAAGUGAAUACAAGAUGCAGUUAGGCAAAACAAACUCAAAAAUGGCUAAUGAAAUAAAAAAACUGGGAGUUAGCAGAGGGGAAAAACAUUGACAAGGAGAAACAGCAAACAAACAUACACUAACACAAUGUUAUCUCACUAAUCCCCUUUUUGAGUUCACUAGGUAUCUGGUUUUAACACAAAGGGCCCCACAACUGAGUACAGCAAACUACUGCCAAAAUGAGUGGUUUCCCAAUUCAAAGAAAAAUAUUCAAACAGCUAGAAUUCACAACUUUCAAAUUAUCUCUAAUAAAAUUUAAACAUUUUGCAUAUCAGAUGCAAAUAAAGAUCACGUAAAUGAUUAACAAUAUUAACACUUGCAAAACGUUGAUCAUGAUUCGUUACUUGGGACUUUUGUAUCAUUUUGUAUGUAUGGUCAGGUACAAAUAAAACCAAGACAAUAGUUUGGUUUUAUUCGUAAAAUGCGCAGGACUUGGCAAAUGUGCAGGACUAACAAAGACUCCCAACACCAAAACAAGAAUCACAAAUUUGGAUCACUAACAUCCUCUUAAAAAUGCAGAUCUUCGAAUAGGCUAAUACCUACCAUUUUUGCUGAUUAUAUGCAUACAUACCUACCUGUUCAAAUUGUUUUCUCUAUUACCUAAUCAACAUCAUCUGCUAAGAGACUUGGUUACAUAGUUAUGUAAGAAUACAUUUGUUUAGCUUUUGGGGAAGAUAGGGUGGGACUCAAACUGUCCUUAGGAAGGAAUAAAGAUAAAAGGAACAUA